AUGCUCACGCACAAAUUACUCACCCAGUCACCCCGCCAUCGGCGGCGACCUCUCCGGCCCAUUCUCGUGAUCAAGCACAAGCCCCUGGCGAGCCCCAAGGUGACCUACAGCUCGCGCCUCGCGAAGGAGAGAGGGGAAGUACGCCGACUGUUGACAGAGAGACUGCAGUUUUUCACCGGCGACCCAGUCGCGCGAAUGCGCUGGAACGCGGAGGAUUUUUUCACCUUCGUUGCCACCAAGUACGGUGUCCGCCUUGAAGGUUGGCCGCAGCACCUUACCUUCGCCAAUCUCAGUCGCGUCCCAGGCGGGAUUCGCACUAUGCGACAGCUGUGCGGUCGCAUCCAGUGCGGUUUUAUGCACUUUGAUCGACUCUCGCGUGAAGAACGCGAUGUGCUCACCGUCGAGAAAGCUGCUCCCGGGUGGUAUGUUCCGCGCCCGCGCCGUGCUACAAGGAGCGACUACGGGAAGCAGCGCGUGCUUCCCUGGCUUCGGCUCUCAAGGCCGCCAAGACAGAUCCGCAUGGGUCCGAAAAGCAAGCCGUAUGUCGACGACUCUGAUGCGUAUGAGACGGAGGUCGAGGACAUCGAGGACGGUGAAGCGGAGGUUGACGGCGGUGGCGGCGGCGUGUCGGACAUCGAGAGCGCGUCCGGAUUCGACAAUUAGUACUUUUCUUAUGUCUUCGUGUUUUC